CAAAUUAAAGGCCACCCUUUACCACUCCCCAGUCCCCACUCUCCACUCUCUCUCCACCAACCCCCCCUCCCCCCCCCCCCCCCCCACCCCCUCUCUCCUCUCUCUCUCAAAGAUGUCAGCUUGUCUACUUCAGAAUCUGAUACUACUACUAAUCCUAUUCACACUAGCAUCAACAUCACCCCCCUUAACAACCGCCCACUACUCCUCCUCCCAGCCCUACCCCUCCUCCUCCUCCCCCUCCUCCCUCUCCGACUGGAACCCCGCACACGCCACCUACUACGCCGCGGCGGACCCCCGCGACGCUGUAGGCGGCGCGUGCGGGUACGGCGAUCUUGUGCAAAGUGGAUACGGGAUGGCGACGGCGGGGUUAAGCAGCGCAAUGUUCGAGCGGGGCCAGAUCUGCGGCGCGUGCUUCGAGGUGAGGUGCGUGGAGGACCUGCGGUGGUGCAUUCCGGGUACGUCGAUUAUCGUGACGGCGACGAAUUUUUGUGCGCCGAAUUACGGGUUCGCGGCGGACGGGGGAGGUAAUUGUAACCCGCCGAACAGCCAUUUCGUGCUGCCGAUUGAGGCGUUCGAGAAGAUCGCGAUUUGGAAGGCGGGGAAUAUGCCUAUACAGUAUCGGAGGAUUAAAUGCAGAAAGGAAGGAGGAGUUAGAUUUGCAGUUGAUGGUGCAGGAAUGUUCCUGUCUGUUCUGAUCAGCAAUGUUGCAGGAGUUGGAGACAUAGUGGCAGUCAAAAUUAAGGGUUCAAGAACAGGAUGGCUUCCUAUGGGCAGAAAUUGGGGCCAAAACUGGCAUAUAAAUGCCGAUUUGAAGAAUCAGCCUCUUUCAUUUGAAAUCACUAGCAGCGAUGGGGUCACGCUUACGUCGUACAAUGUUGCCCCAAAAAAUUGGAGCCAUGGGCAAACUUUUGAAGGCAAGCAAUUCCAGGCGUAAAUGCCAUGACAAUAGUUGGUAUUGUUUUUGUUUUCCGUUUUGAUUGGGUUGGAAAAUAUGGGUGCGUAUGACUUUUUUGGGGGUCUUCCCUUAAUUUUCGGUGUAUGAUGCUGGAAGAGGGAGUUUAGAGGUUCGGGCACAAAUGGUGCUGGAGAACAACUAGAAUUGUAUGGAAAAAAUCAUACUUAAAUCACGAUGUAGUCCAAAAAACUUAACACUCAAGUUUGUAUUUUGAUAUGGAACUCUUCUCUCUUUUUUCUUCUA